AUGACGCGCUAUCUGACACCAUGGAGAAUAUCUCUUCUUUGUUUGAUCACGGUCUACACAGAUGGCUUUGUCCCUAACUCGUCCGCUGUUCAUGUGCUCUCCUUCUUGAAUGCAGGUCUAUUCCCUCUAGAUCCCGCCGAUAAGCAAUGGGAGACGCAUUACCUGCCUAGCAUCACCGAACUAGAGGAGGUCCUCUCCUGUCACGAAUCUUCAGUCCCAGGUCGCACUCUGUGGGAUUUGCUUCUCAAAAAGCUCUGGUCCCUUGAUUCUCUUGAUGCGCUUGAGUGGUUCUUUUCAAACCAUCUGCCGACACUGCUUACCAAAACCCGCGAACAAUUGAUACAGGAUCGAGAAGAUGGGCUUGCUCCAGAGACCGAUGGCAUGCGACUUUCACGCAGCUCACCACUAGGAGCAUUUUUAUGGUCAGGGUUUGUCAACUAUCGCUUGCCCACGUAUCAUGUUUAUGCACGCAGGAACCCGUCCAAUGGUCAAAACCCCAUCGAUAUCAAUCUUUCCACUCAGGGCCUGGAUCCCACCAGCCCCCUCUCUCGUGUGACCUAUAGCAAUUUUUUCGACAAUAACGAGGAAGAUGGGGGCAUUGUCAGCCUCAAAGAUGCUGAACGCUUGGUGGAAUUCCAAGUUGGGGAGCUUCAGCGCCUGGGAGGCAGGGUGCCAGAUGAAAUGCGGACCCAACUCAAACGCAUCAUGACAUCGGAGUCAUCUGUGCCAGUGCUGAUGUAUUACCUAGAGUUCCUUGAUGCCUGGCGAGCAGGUGACUAUACCUCAGCCUUUGAUAACCUUCACCGAUAUUUCGACUACACAAUGCACAGUAAUUUGGAUCGCAGCGCGUAUCAGUUCGCGCUACUGAAUCUGGCCAUUAUGCAGGCAGAUUUUGAAUGUUUCAGCGAAGCCAUUUCUGCAGUGCAAGAAGCUGUGGCAAUUGCUCGAGAGUCGCAUGACACAAAUUGUCUCAAUUUCUGCAUGAGCUGGCUUUAUCAUUUUGGUAAAGCGUUUCCGGAGCAGAUGCAAGAGGUUCAGAAUAGCGGCAUGCUAGGCAAUGAGAAGGAGGGUCUUUCAUUUCUCAAGGCCAAGUCAAAGGAAACUGAUAUGUGGUCACUUAUGAGUACCACAUUACUGAGUGAGGCCAAGCUAGAAAUGCAACAGGGAGAGAGUCUGGCCUCGAUUAUGGAAUCGUUCACACGGGCUUCUCAGAUUAAUGUGACAAAAUGCCUUUCAACGCCAACAGGUGCCUACAUGACAUUACAAAGCACAUUUUAUGCUCGAAUAGGCGCUACUCAUUCUGCUUGGCUAAGCACCGAGAUAUUUCGUGAAUGCUAUACAGAAGGGCACCCUUACGAUGACUAUGUCAAAAGUACAUUCAGAAAUUGCCAGAUUCUGGCGCAAAGAGGCAAUUACAGGGAAGCAUUUGCGCGCAUGAACAAGAUUGAGCCAGAAAGACUCCGAGCUUUCAAAUACAACAACAUCUGGACUUAUUACUCGGGUCUCCUUCAACUAACGCAUCACAUAUACCGGGAUGACAAAGUUGCAGUAGAGCACAUUAUUUGCCAACUUCAAGCAAUCCAACUCCUGGACUUUGAUAUGCGCCUUCUCCUUGCUUUUCUUACCAUUGAAUUUACAAUGCGACAAGGUGAUCAUGGUCGUGCUCUUCGGAUGGUCGAACAAGUAUCCCAUUGUAUGCAUCCAGAGAAUUUUGAUGUCCAUUUCCAAAUCAAAAUCCUGUGUCUGAAAGCUCGAAUACUGGAGAAUACUGGUCAUGCAGAGCGUGGGUUUUCCCUUGCAUUGCGUGCUACCGCAAUAGCCUACCGCUCAAAGGUCCUCUUGGACCUCUGGGAAGCUAUAUGUGCUCUAGCAGCUGCGCUCCUAGGAUUAUCUGAAUUUGAUGCUACUGCCGAGCUGGUGGAGGGUAUCAUGCCCCAAGUACUGGAGAGCGAGGAUGCAGCACUAGUAGCCCGGGCAUACUCGUUGUUGGUAGAUGCAAAUAUGGGCAUAGCGGGGGGAACUUUGGGCACGUCUUGGGAAGAGCAGCAAGGCCGCAAGGAAGGAAAAAUUGAGGACAUCCUUGGCCAAACAGAGAUGAUGGCCAAGAAAGCUGCCGUCAUGCAUCUGACGGGUGAUUCUGUUCUGGCUAAUGAUUAUGCAGCAAAACAUUUGGAUUUACGGAGAAGGAGAGAUACCGAAGUAUGA